AUGGACAGGGAUGGUGGCAGCCUGGGAGUCCGAGUGAAGACAGCGGGGCUGACCAGCUCCCAGGGGCACCUGGGUAAUGCUGCAGUGAGCUCUACAAUGGCUGCUUCUGCUGUGGCUGUCACAGCCUUCAAGAAGGAGUCUCCGAGCAGGUGGGGUCUUGGAGAGGAUCCAACAGGUGUGGGCCCCUCACUCCAGUGCCGAGUGUGUGGGGACAGCAGCAGCGGGAAGCACUAUGGCAUCUACGCCUGUAACGGCUGCAGCGGCUUCUUCAAGAGGAGUGUGAGGCGGAGGCUCAUCUACAGAUGCCAGGUGGGGGCAGGGAUGUGCCCAGUGGACAAGGCUCAUCGCAACCAGUGCCAGGCCUGCCGACUGAAGAAGUGCUUACAAGCAGGCAUGAACCAAGAUGCUGUGCAGAAUGAACGCCAACCCCGAAGCAUGGCCCAGGUCCAGCUGGACGGCAUGGAAGCAGGCAGUGAUCCCCGACCUGAGCCCUUGGUGGCCUCCCCUGCCUUGGCAGGGCCCAGUCCCCGAGGCCCUACAGCUUCGUCUGCAGCCAGAGCCAUGGGCCACCACUUUAUGGCCAGCCUCAUCACCGCCGAAACCUGUGCUAAGCUGGAGCCCGAGGAUGCUGAAGAGAACAUUGAUGUCACCAGCAAUGACCCCGAGUUCCCUGCAUCCCCCUGCAGUCUAGAUGGCAUCCAUGAGACAUCAGCUCGCCUACUCUUCAUGGCUGUCAAAUGGGCCAAAAACCUUCCUGUGUUUUCCAACCUGCCCUUCCGGGACCAGGUGAUCUUGCUGGAAGAGGCGUGGAAUGAGCUUUUCCUCCUGGGAGCCAUACAGUGGUCUCUGCCCCUGGACAGCUGCCCACUGCUGGCACCACCGGAGGCCUCCAGCGGCAGCGGCUCUCAGAGCAGGCUGGUCUUGGCUAGUGCAGAGAUGCGCUUCCUGCAGGAGACCAUCUCCCGGUUCCGGGCACUGGCAGUGGACUCCACAGAGUUUGCCUGCAUGAAGGCCCUGGUCCUCUUCAAACCAGAGACACGAGGCCUGAAGGAUCCUGAGCACGUGGAGGCUCUGCAGGACCAGUCCCAAGUAAUGCUAAGCCAGCAUAACAAGGCUCACCACCCCAGCCAGCCUGUGAGGUUUGGGAAACUGCUCCUCCUGCUCCCGUCCUUGAGAUUCCUCACGGCUGAGCGCAUUGAGCUCCUCUUCUUCCGAAAGACCAUAGGGAACACUCCAAUGGAGAAGCUCCUUUGUGAUAUGUUCAAAAACUAA